AUGUUCUUCAACUGGAUGCAUCCGUCGAGCUGUCCAGAUGGCGAGGCUUUGGCGGAGGAGGAUAACGAGUCGGGUGAUAAUUGGGUCGAUGAGGAAAAGACUCAGACAUGUACACGACAAAAAGCCUGUCCAGAUGGCGAGGCCAUGGCUGUCGAAAGGGAUAAACCGCAUCUCACGCUUGCAGCGCCGUGGUCCGAGGGUCCAAAGCCCAUUGACGGCGCAGCAUUGAAAACCAUGAAGGAGUCCGACAUGGGGUCAGCGGGACCCGAAGAGGCAGAACAAACGAAAGUGGACAAAGUUGGACGGUUGUGCAAAGCCGUCAGGUUCCAGCUGCCGCCCAACACACUACGGGCUUCAGGUGCCGAUGACUCACUGGCUCCAUUCUUUGAGAUUGACGGAUUUGGAAAGUGUUGUGUCGGCACUUGUGAGAAUACUUGUCACUCCCAGAGCUGGAUUAGCAUCACAGACAAUUGGCUUCUUCAGAAACAAAUCCUGAAGGAAGGGCAAGGGGAGGAGUCCAGACCCACCUUUGGCCAGGAGGUCACCAUGAAGCUGCUGGGAGUUCUGGAAGACGGAACCAUCAUAGACAGGGACCCAAAGUUAACGUUCCGUCUCGGCGAUGGUGAUGUGAUUAAGCUACUUGAAUACUGUGCGUUCUCAAUGCAACUGGAUGAGAUUGCUCUUGUAAUUUCCGAUGGACAGUAUGCCUACGGUCACGUUGGGAGGGCUCCUGAUAUCCCUCCAGAUGCAACCGUGAUAUACGAGAUCCAGCUGCUCAACGUCAGAGACGCUGCAGAUCCAACACAGCUGACACCAUCGGACUGCAUACGCAUCUGUAAGCACAAGCGAGAGCGGGGUAACUACUACUUCCAGAGGGGAGACUACCGCAGUGCCGUGAAGUCAUACAACCUCGCGCUGGAUAUCCUCAACGUUUCUUCAGAACUUAAACCCACUGCCCAGGAAGCGGCAGAGCUGCAGGAAGAUGGGCUGAAGUGUCUGAAUAAUUUAGCUGCUGCCCAGCUGAAGCUGAACCUCCCUGAAGAGGUGAUUGCUGCCAGUGAUGCUGUCUUGCUCCUGGAUCCCAACAACGUGAAAGCUUUGUUCAGGAAAGGAAAGUUGUUAUCAGAACAGGGCGACUAUGAAGCAGCAGCAGAGACACUCAAGCGAGCGCUGAAACUAGAACCAAGCACAAAGGCCAUUCAUGCAGAGCUUUCCAAACUGGUUAAGAAGCGGGCUGGCCAUACGCACGCCCUGAAGGAAAACGUCAGUAGGUGGCAGAAAGGUUCAGCACAGCCCUUGACACAUCCUCCAGCUGCACAAGAAUCUGCUUCGGCGGUCCCGUGGAAGUGGCUGUUCGGGUCAGCGAUGGUGGUUAUUGGAUGCAUGGUGACCACAGUUGUGUUGGCAGCAAAGGACUAAACAAACAGCAGACUGGCGCAGACACACAAUGACCCGAGGAGAAGAUGGGUCUCAUUUGGAUGAGUUUGCUCUGGGAUACACCAACAUGUACAAUUUUCCAAUCUUGAUAUAUAUUACAAUAAGAGGUAGAGGUGGGGUAAGGAGAGAAUUGAAACUACAUUAUUAAAUAGCUUUUUGCUCAAUUAGAGUAUAGAAUUUUUUUUUAAGCAGCACCUAAAAUCAAUACAGAGGUGAAUUUGUGUGUUUUGCUUUCCAAACGGAACUAAUGUUGAAUCAGAGCUGCAACGAAGCAAUUCACUAUAAAAUAAUCAAUGCUGUUAAACAGAGCUUGUUCAUUAGAAUGCUGUACACCACAGAGAAGUCAUAGUUAUAGAAUCAUAGAGCAUGGAUUCAGGCCCUUCGGCUCAACUUGCCCAUGCCGACCAAAUGUCCCAUCUACAUUAAUCCUU